AUGACAGCUAGAAAUGCUUUUAAAUCAGUUCAAAUUCAGAUCAUUGACAUAUUCAGUGCACUAAAAUAUAAUGACCUGAAAACAAGCGACUGGCUUCAACUGGAACGAGACCUCAAAGCGGCUAAAGAAUGGAAGCUAAAAGAAGUGGAGCGUUGCAUUGUUCAGAAAUUCAUUGCUAACGUUAACGAAGAAAAUUGCAUUGCCGUAUGGCGAUUAUGUGCUCGAUAUAUGCCUGAAGAAGCAAAAAAGGUAUCAGUGGAUUUGCCAGGCAUUGAAUGUCGAACUUUGGUAUUUGAAUAUGUGCUGUAUACAGUAAACGAAACAGUGGUUAGCGGACGUAAUUUGGAUUUUUUUCGCCUCAAGCAUGAACAUUUGUAUGAAAUUCUGGAUGCUGACCUCCUCAAUGUUGACAAUGAGCUGGAAGUUUGGUUGCUUCUAAGAAGAUGGAUCCUAGCAGAUCGCAAAAAUCGCCUUAGACUCUUCCGCAAACUGAUCAAAUCUGUACGGUACUACCAGCUUAACGAUAAACAGGUACGGUUUUAUUGA